AUGGAAAUAACCCUCAGAUUUGGAGAACUUGGAAAUCAAAUCAAACUAUAAGAAAAGCUAAAGCCCGAAGACAAAUUUUCUAAAUUAGUAGAAUUGAUUUCUACUGAGACAGGCAUUCCAAAAUCCUAACUCAUUAUAAUUGACGAAAAAGGAGUUGAUAUCUCUACCAUGUCUCCCGAUUAAAACUUUGUUAUCGACAAAAAAAUGGCCUCAUUAGUAAUUAAAAGUAUAAACAAUGGUCUCAUUGAAUAAGACAUACUAGAGCGGUAUAACUUCAAGCCAAUCUAUGCUGCCUUCUCCUUCAUUCAGGAAUUAGACUUGACUUCGAUUCAAAACUUUGAGUAGCAGUAUUUUAAUGACUACUCAUUACUCAGGCAAGCAUACAAGAAAUUCAAGCAUAGUAUCUCCCAAGGAUUCAAAUUUUUAAAGGACAUUGAAUACUAGUCAUAAUCAUUUGAUUUAGUAAAGAAGAACAUUUGCAAAACCUUCGAUCAUAUGUAUAACCAAAAGAAUAUUAUAAGGACUUAGUUCGGUGAGAGGUACGAAUAGAACAAGGAGAUUUUAAAACUCUACGAGGAGGGUUUAUCUGAUCUUAAGAAGUAUGAAUUGCACCCUGCUUUAAGAAAAGAUGGAAAAAAGAUGUUGAUUGAUGUCUACUUUGAGGAGGCCUAGAUGAAUAAAUGGAGAGAUAAUUGCAUCAGAAGUAAUCAGAGUGUUAGGUAAAAGUUUGAGAAGCUUGAUAAGGACUUCUAACAAGCCAGGUAAAAAAUUGCUGAAAAGCGUCAGGAUAGUACUCAGCUACUUGAUGAUUCUAGACAAAAAGAAUUAAUGGGGAAAAUUCAAGCUAUUGUAUAAGAAACUGAACCCCUAAUUAUGAGUAUCAUAUCGACAGUGCUUGACGAUUUAAAAGAGUUUCAUAGAUAUUUAAAUGAACUAUGCAAGUCUGACCCACAGUCAGAGAAAGUUAAGCAAGCUCAGCUUUACCUUCAAAAUGUGGAUAAUUUUAAGAAGAAAAUUAGAGAGCAUGAAAACUUAGCACAGCAAAUGGAAGAACACUGCAAAAUAUUGGAUAAAUUAGUAGACUAAGUGAAUACUUUAAGAAUGAAAAAUGCUCAGCAAAUUGCACUGAACAAUCAAAAAGAUUCUUAGCUUAGAAAGACUCUCAAGUAGAUUGGUGUUUCACAUGAUGUCUUAAGGAUCAUGUUUGACAGUAUCGCAAGGCUUGAAAAGGACUUCUCAUAUCUGAAGCAGCCAUCAUAACUUCCAAGAGUCUAUGAGAAAGCACUUAUUGAGAUAUAAAGAAGAAGGAAGUUCAGGAAAACUGUCGACUCAGAAGCAGAGAGACUUCAGAAAUUCAUCCAAAGAGAGAAAGAAUUCAGAAAUGCCUUUCUAAAUGAAACUGGGAGGUAAUUACCGUCAGAUUUUCUACCUCAAUUGAAAGAACCAGCACCCUCCCUGAGAUUGGAAGGUGGCACCAAGGACUAUGAUCUGCCAGAGAUAGAAGAUGGGGAGGUUGAUGGUUUUGAUGACAAUCCGCUAAUUUAGGAUUCUCCAGCGAUUAGAAAUGACAAAUAGUCAGAUCCUGAAAUCUAAAAGAAAUAUAUCUCACUUCUGCAGGAAAUGAAUUUACUCAAGGAGGAGCAUAAAUCAAACAUUAAAGACCUUCAUGUGAAAAUUGAACAAUAUGAAUCUUCUAUUCAAAUGAAAGCACAGAUCACAAAAGACACUCUAAAUCAAAUUAAUCUUAAAGAAUAAGAUAUUAUGAAGCUGAGAGAAGAGAAUGAGAAGUUGGUAAAAACUCUGAAGGAUUAAUCCCUUUAAUAUUCUAGCUCUUUAAAGUAAACAGAGGAGUAACUGGCUAGAAAGUCUAAGGAAUUUGAGGCACUUUUAAAAUCUAAGAAUUGCAAGGGAUGCUUUAUCUGCACAGAAGAUUGCAAAGAGAAGAGUGACCAGGUUUUAAUUAAAGAUCUAAACGAUAAACUCAUUGACAAAUCCAAGUAUACCUCACAGCUAGAGGAGUAGAUCAGAAAAACUACUAUACUUAUGAACUAAGUUUGUCAGCACAAUUUUAACUUCCUCAGAUAAAAGACUCAAGACUUUUAUAAAAACCAGGCAAAGAGUAAGCAAUCCUAUGAAAAUAGAAUCAUGGAGAUCGAAGAACAGCUCACCCUUGAGCAAAAGCGUUGCUAGGAUUUGAUUAAGUCAAGAGUCACAGUUCUAGAAGAGAAAUAUCUUAAGAGUUAGAGUAAAGAAAUGGAGAUAACGAAAAAAUUCAAGGAUUUGACAAUCCAAUAUUAAACCUUAGAAAAUGAAUAAAAGUCUUACCUUUAAAAAAUCAAAAGCUAUUAAUAGCAAAUCAGCAAACUUUAAGGAGAUAAUACUAAGCUUUCAAAUGAUAAGAGAUAAUCUGAGGACGAAAAUAGAAAAUUAUAGCAAGCUAUACAAUCUAAGGGUAAUGAAGAUGCCUCGAGAAAUAAGGAAAUUUAAAAACUCUUAGAUGAAAGGAAUAAGUUGGAGGAUCAGUUUAAAAAGGAAACUUCAUCGCUUAGUUAACAACUUAAGUAAUAGAGAGAGUAAUAUGAAGAUUAACUGAUGGAGAAACUGAGUCAUAUUAAGAGAAUUACCAUGCAGAAAGAUUAAUUAUAAGAGGAGAAGUAGAAAUUGGAGGAGAAAUUCAAGAAAGACUCUUAAACCUUAACUAAGCAGCUCAACGAAUUAAGGGAGUCCUCUGAAAAAGAAAUCAGAGAAAAAAAUGAAAAAAUCUUAAACUUGAAUAAUAUGAUGAAUGAGCAUCUUGAUAAGUAAUAGGAAUUUAUUGAGGGUAGUAAAGUAAAUACAGAUCAGUAUGAUAAACUCAAAAAAGAUCUCUCUAUGAAAUCAAAAGACCUUACUGAAGUUACCUCUGUUCUUGCUAAGAGAGACAAAGAAAUAUAGCAAUAGAAACAGGAGAUGGAGAAAUUAAGAUAAGAAAUCAAGAGACUUAAUGAUUAGCUUAACUAGUCUUAGUAAAGCUAAUAGCAAUAAAUUGCUUUGUCUAAUGAAACUGCAAAUUCAUAAAAUGAGAUUGAAAAGAUGAAAGAUCAUAUCAAGAAUCUUGAAACACACUACCAAAAGUAAACCAUGAGAACUAAGGACAGCGAGAGUACCCUUCAAAGAAUAAAGGAAUUCACUUGCAUGUCUUUUAACAUUAUGAACAAUGAAAGUUGGGAGAAUAAUCUCACUAAGUUAAUCUAUGCUAAUAGUUAGGAAAGCAUUAACUUCAUGACUGCUAUGGAGGGGGUUAGAGUAUUAUUCAUGCCACACUCACCAGGAGUAUAUAUCGCUCUUGUACUUAAGAACUUCCAAGACAUUAUCUAGGACUAAGUCUUAAAGGAGAAAGAUAUGAACUCUUUAAUGGAGCAAAGCUCGAUAAAGAACAGUUAACAUGUGCCACAGGUUAAGAGACUUAACAUCAAGAAUAAUUUAUUCCUUGAUAUUGAGUCAAUGUCCAAGAACUUGCAGACAAUCCUUAAUAACUAUCAGAUGAUUGUUAUUGCUAAGAUAAAGGGUGUUUCUUAGCAUAAGACUACUGAGUCCUAUAAUCCAUAUGGAUUGGAAGGCUAGGAAACAUUCUUCCAGUGCUAGAUUGAGAAGCUUGAACAUAUCGUAGGGUUUGAGAGUGAUGACUAUUCUUUCACUGACUAUGUUUGCAAAUGA